AAAUCAUCAUCCGUCCUUCACACGCACGCAGAGAAAGAGGAAGACAGAUAAACAGGGAAAGGACUAAUGACAGAGAUGGAAGGAGAAAAAGGUACAGUAUGCGUUACGGGUGGCGCUGGGUAUGUAGCAUCAUGGUUGAUCAUGAGGCUUCUUGAUCAUGGUUACUCUGUUCGCACCACCAUUAGAUCCAACCCAGAGCAGAAGAGAGAUGUAGCCUUCCUAACAAGUCUACCAGGAGCGUCUGAGAAGCUCCAAAUCUUCCAUGCAGAUCUUAGUGAUCCAGAUAGUUUUGAUGUUGCUAUUAAAGGAUGCGUUGGUGUCUUUCAUGUUGCUACUCCCACCCCUACUCACUUUAACAGCGGAGAACCUGAGGAAGUAGUUAUCAGAAAAGCAAUUGAUGGAACAGUAGGAAUCUUAAGAGUAUGCUUGAACUCAAAGACAGUGAAGCGAGUAGUAUACACUUCUAGUGCAGCAGCAGUUGAUUUUAAUUAUAAAAGUGCAGAAGUAAUGGACGAAAGUUUUUGGAGUGAUGUGGAUUACAUUAGAGCCUUAAAUUCCUUUGCGAGUCCUUACUGGAUUUCCAAGAUGUUGGCUGAGAAGAGAGCUCUCGAAUUCGCAGAAGAACAUGGAUUAGACCUUGUGACGAUAAUCCCUUCUUUUGUUGUCGGCCCCUUCAUUUGUCCGAAUCUCCCUGCCUCACUGCAGGCAGCAUUAUCCAUGGUUCUGUGUAAGCCGGAUCAAUAUAAUCUUCUUCUCAAUACAUGUAUGGUGCACGUUGAUGAUCUAGCAAGGGCACACAUCUUCCUUCUUGAAUAUCCUAAUGCUAAAGGGAGAUACAUUUGUUCUUCAGACGUUAUAACUAUCGAAGAGAUGUCUAAAUUUCUUUCUACCAACUACCCAGAAUUCCAAAUACCAACAGUAGAGUCGUUGAAGGGUAUUAAGGGACACAAAGGCCAUGCCCUGUCGUCCAAGAAGCUGACAGAUUCUGGAUUCGAAUUUAGGUAUGGGCUUAAUGAAAUGUUUGAUGGAGCAAUUCAAUGCUGCAAAGAGAAGGGAUAUCUCUAGGUUUAGAACAUCCUAUAUCUUUGCUUAGACUGCUGCAUCCAGUUGUGUUAUGUUUCCAUAUUCACCACUAUGAAAUUAUCAUAUUUGUGUUGUGCAUGACCAUUUGAGUCGUCCGAAUAAGUACACUGAUGAAGGUUGUGACAUUUUGCUGUCACACUAUACAGGAUUUGGUUUUUCGAUUAUUGUACUUUGUUUAACUUUUUGGUUUUAGAAGUAUGGCUGUCUGUUUUAUUAGGUAGAAAAGCUUAUAAAGAAGGUAUGAUAAAGCUGAUGUAAAAACAGUAAUGUACUUGAUGUUCUCUUUAUAUAUAUUGUUGGAAAUAAAUGAGAAUGAGUGACAGUGGGAAAGAUUCAUGUUCCUGCAACUUAACCCUA